CUGCGAGCGAGUUUGAGCAGCCGGCUGUGGAUUUUAUAUUUGCUUCUCCGCAAACCGAGGUUAGCCGGGAGGCUUUGGCUUUUUGGGAAGGAGCCUUGCCCCGGCCCGCUGUGUGCGAUGGAUUGAGGCGUGCCCGGCUGCGCCCCCAGCCAGGUCCCCGCCCGCAGCCCACAUAGAUGCGAUGGAAAGUCGGGGGCUGUUCUGCACCCUUUGUUACCUGAUGUUCAACGCUCCUCUGCUGUUCAUUGUCACCGCUACCUUUACUGAAGUUCCCAAAGAUGUGACUGUUAGGGAGGGAGAUGAUAUUGAGAUGCCUUGUGCUUUCCGAGCCAGCGGAUCCACCUCUUACUCCUUGGAAAUCCAGUGGUGGUACCUUAAAGAACCAGCCAGAGAACUUGCACACGAAUUAGCCAUCAGUGUCCCCGGCAGCAGGAGCAAGGUAGCAAAUAAGGAUGCAACCAAAAUCAGCACGGUCCGCGUCCAGGGCAAUGACAUCUCGCACCGGCUGCGCCUGUCGGGCGUGCGGCGGCAGGACGAGGGCGUCUACCAGUGCCGCGUGUCGGACUACAGCGACGACGAGACGCAGGAGCACAAGGCUCAGGCGCUGCUGCGCGUCCUGUCCCGCUUCGCCCCGCCCGACGUGCAGGCGGCCGAGGCGGUGUCGCACAUCCAGAGCGGGGCCGCCCCGCGCCGCCACGGCCCCGCCGCCCGCCCCACGCCGCCGCCCGGCCCCGCCAAGCGCCCGCCGCCGCCGCCGGCCCCCGCCCCGGGCAGCACCGCCGCCACCGCCGCCACCGCCACCGCAGCCUCGACGGCCGCCGCCGCCGCCGCCUCCUCGGCCUCGCCGCCGCCCGGGCAGGCCGCCAUCCUCCGCCAGCAGCACGGGUCAGGUACAGGACCUGUUUAUGCUACAGACCCACUCCUAUACAUGUCCCUGUUAAUACUGCAUAAGCUUGUACAUUUAUUAGUAAACCACUGACGGACUGCUCCCUCCACUCCUCCUCAGCCAAACAGAAAGGAACCUAUUUAAUAACAAACAAAACCCCUGACAAAGACAUCCCUACUAUUUUAAAGAUGGACAGAAAGAGACUGAAAGAAGCAUGAUAAAUUCUACAUGGGGGGAAAAACAUAUUUUUGGGGAUGCCACAGAAAAGUAAACCACAUAGAAUAAUGCAUCUAGUUUCCAGAUUCUAUGGUGUAAAGCCCUGCUCUGUGCAUGGCACUUAUGAUUUCUCUAUUUUAAUGUAAUAUUUUUUCUUUUCUAAACCCUUCCUCUGACUCUUCAUUUUGCACGAACUGUUGAGCAGUUAUCUUUAUGACAAUAUGUAAAGAUGUUGGGUCAAACCCUUCCUAAGAAAGGAAAUAUUUUUAGUAGAUUAUUGUGUUUAGGUUUUUUUGGAUUUCCUUUUUCU